AUGGCUAAUGUAGUUGUGAGCCUUUGGACCCCAGCAGCACCCAGUUUCUGCUCUCCCCCCAUGUCAACAGUGAGAGCAAUUAACCUGGUGCUGCCUGAGAUUGAGGUGUAUUUGGCCAGCUCCAACACAGAUGGCCAAUUGGUUCUGAACCUCAGGAGUACUCUGGUGAACCCUGUUGAGAAGGUGGAACUUGUGGGAAGAGGUUUUCUGAGGUGGCUUGAGGAGGAUGAUCCUGAACUGGACUACAACACCAGCAUGGCUUACACUAACCAGGCUGUCCAUGUCUCCAAAGAUCACUUUCUACAUAGAGGAUAUCUGCCUGGGGUCCACACCUUUGACUUCCACUUCUGCUUGCCUCCAAGUAUUCCUUCCACAUUCACCAGCAAAAUUGGCUGCAUCUCCUGCUUUCUUCAAGGGACUUGCUGCAGCCGCCAAAUUGUCUUAGCUAAAGAGAUGUUUAUUGUCGCAAGGAACUGCUGGUGAC